AUGGGCCUGCGAAUGCAGAUCAAGCAUAAUUCCAGAUCACGUCUCGACAGCUCCUACCUGCCAGAAGCCAGGACCGUCAUGUCCGAAUCAUCAUCUGUCAAUCUCUUCCCGGCCAUCUGCCUGUUCCUGUCGUGCAUUUUCGUGCUCUGUUUACACUGGAAGAUCAUAUCACGUACCUUGUCACUCUGCCAUCCGAGGCAUUGGCGCCAGCGGUGGAGCUACGUCCGAGUCAGGAAUCCAGAGACCGCGGCCAGAAUCGAGGAGGCGAUUGACAUGAACUCAAUCGAUCCAGACUCGCCUUCGGAAGCUGCCAGCGACGGUGAUCAAGGUUCCCAAUUCGACCUCCCCGCAACCCCUCUAGCCGAAUACUUUGAUCCGCAAACGUCCGUACUUCACGAGCACAUCCUCGAGCCUCCCUCUCCGCCAAUGGUGACGUGGGAACGGGACCUCCAGCAUCGCAUCGACAACGGGCGAGGUCUGACUGCGUCGAUAGAUCGUCUUGUGGAUCGAGCCGUCAAACGCGUCGAAUCUGCGAUAGGUCAUGCAUGA